AUGAUAAUGAUGGUGUGAAUGGUGGCAAUGGUCUGAGUCAAGCGAAGGAGGGCUGUACCGAUCUGGCCCGUGAUGAGGAGACCUUAAUGGUAUUUUCAACGUUAGGGGGCGGAUUGACGGCGAUUGAUCCGAUAACCAGUGAAAUACGCUGGACCAUAGCGGAUGAUCCACCAAUACGGGCCGAACAGCAGCAGAAUGUUCAUGUCCCACAAUAUUUGCCAGAUCCACGUGAUGGUAGCAUUUAUCAGUUGGGAGAUAUGGGUAGUCUGAAAAAACUGCCAUACACGAUACCACAAUUGGUGGCCAAUGCUCCUUGCCGAUCCUCGGAUGGUAUUUUGUAUUCGGGUAAGAAGAGUGAUACAUGGUUUAUAGUUGAUCCGAAAUCGGGACGUCGUGAAAAAGUCGGAUUUGAUGGAUCGGUGGACGGUGGCGGCAGUGAGCGUAUUGGAUGGGCAACAUCUCGGGCAAUUUAUUUGGGCAGAACUCAAUACACCGUGAUGAUGUUUGACAGCCUGAAUAAAAAUAAAAAUGCCAAGCCAUGGAAUAUAACAUUCUAUGAUUAUAGUUCAAUGGCCACAACACCAGAUAUUUCAAAGGAUUAUGAAUAUCUACAUCUGACCACAACCACGAAUGGUAAUAUUUUGACACUGGAUCGGAAAAAUGGUAAAUUUUUAUGGAAAAAUGAUUUGACCAGUCCUGUGGUGGCGGCAUUCCUUUUAGGUCCGGAGGGUUUACUAAGUGUACCAUUUACCACCGUGUCAGAAGAAGCAUUUAAUGCUAUUUUAGAUGAAUCCAAGGGUGGAAAUGUCAAUACAGUUAAACUAUUUCAAUCGUUGUAUGUAGGCGAACAUGGUAACGGCUUGUAUGCCCUUCCAUCUUUGGUGGAUAAAAAUACACCCCGUAUUUCCACUGCCCCACCCAUUCAUUUGUUGGAUGGCCCGGACACUAAUGUUGAUCCAAAUACCGUUUAUUUGGAUGAUGUUCUAAAGAAGAAUUCUGGCAUUCUAUUGGGUUAUUACAAUCGUCCCAAUGAUGUCAAUUUACAACUCUCACCAUCGCCGGCUGUUACCAAAGAUGAUAGCAAUCAUCAGUUGGCCACAAUAAGUGCAUCUCUUAACGGUCCAGGGCGUAGCAUUCUGUCAUCGGAUAAAGAAAAACCCACCGCUGCAGAUAUUGGUGUACAAACCGAUCCCAUUAUUGAAUUGAAAAUUGAAUCGGAAAUUCCGAAUAAAACAUUUGGUCGUUUUGCAUUCAACAAGACCAAGGAAAUAAUUAUAGACAACAGCAAACAAGUACGCAGUUUUAUCUACGAGUGGUUUGUCGAUCAUCCCAGCAACCGUGUGCAUGUUAUACUCUGCAUCAUUAUUGUUGUGAUGCUGAUGAUGUUCUGGUACAUGCACAGCUCUAUGCAAGAGCUAAGAAAUCAAAGUGAAAACGGCUCAAAAACUUUAGGCAAUAGUGGUAGUCGUGGUAGUGGCAGCAGUAAUAUUAGUGCUCAAGAUCUAAUUGAUUUGGGUGAUGGCCACAUUCGUGUUGGUAAAAUUUCCUUUAACUCGAAUGAAGUUCUGGGUAAAGGCUGUGAGGGCACAUUUGUAUUCAAGGGUACAUUUGAAGAUCGUCUGGUAGCUGUUAAGCGUUUGCUACCGGAAUGUUUUACAUUUGCCGAUCGUGAAGUUGCUCUGCUAAGGGAAAGUGAUGCCCAUGAAAAUGUUGUGCGUUAUUUUUGUACGGAACAAGAUCGACAAUUUCGUUAUAUUGCCGUGGAGUUGUGUGCAGCUACACUACAAGAUUAUACGGAGGGUGAACGUAGCUUUGAAUUGCGUUCGCAAAUUCAUGUGUGGGAUGUAUUGAAACAGGCGGCAGCCGGUUUAAGUCAUUUGCAUUCAUUGAAUAUAGUCCAUCGUGAUAUAAAACCUCAAAAUGUUUUGCUAUCCCUGCCCGAUGUUAAUGGAACUGUACGCGUUAUGAUAUCCGAUUUUGGCCUUUGCAAGAAACUUAAUUAUGGUAAAACUAGUUUCUCAAGACGAUCUGGGGUUACUGGUACAGAUGGUUGGAUCGCUCCCGAAAUGAUGAGAGGACAAAGAACGACGACAUCUGUUGAUAUUUUUUCAUUGGGCUGUGUAUAUUUUUAUGUUCUAAGUAAAGGACAACAUUUGUUUGGAGAUGCUCUCAAACGCCAGGCAAAUAUUUUAACCAAUGAUCACAGUUUGUAUCAUUUAAAAGCUGAACGCAAAGAAGAUCGCAGUAAAUAUAUUUUAGCAACAGAGUUAAUUAGUGACAUGAUUCAUCGAGAUCCACAAUGUCGACCACCCGCCAAAUGUAUUGGCAAUCAUCCACUAUUUUGGAAUGAUAAAAAAAUAUUGGCCUUUCUGCAGGAUGUUAGUGAUCGUGUCGAAAAGCUACAGUUUAAUGUAGAGCCAUUAAAAUCAUUGGAAAAGAAUGGCAAUAUUGUUGUUCUGGAAGAUUGGAAUCUACAUUUGGAUCCCAUAAUAACCGAAGAUUUACGCAAAUUCCGUGGUUAUAUGGGUGCAAGUGUGCGGGAUUUGUUGAGAGCUUUACGGAAUAAGAAACAUCAUUACCACGAACUAACUGAAGAAAUGCAAAAUAUACUUGGCAGCAUUCCACAUGAAUUUACAAACUAUUGGAUUAGCAGAUUUCCACAUUUAAUAUCGCAUGCCUAUCAUGCAUUUAGUAUUUGCUCAAAUGAGCCCAUAUUUAGAUCCUACUACAAUUCUACAUAUUUUUUUACACGUCCAGAGUAUUUUGAUGCCGACGAUGAUCUCUAUCCCACACUGUUGCAAAGGGAUCCCAAGCCGUUGGCAAAGCCAACAAAUAGCCCCAAAAAACCAAUAACAUCGCAGCAGCAACAACAGCCGCGACAACGUAAAGGCAACUAUAAUUUCCGUAAGCCGCAAGGUGAUGAUGAUUUACAACCACCAAUGGGUGGCUUACAACGUAAUUUUCCCGAUAAUGGCGGAAAUGAUGAAGAAAAGCGUGAUGUAUUUGCAAAUUUCAAAUUUAGACGUAAUACGAAAUCAUCAAAUCGUAAUUAUAACAACGCAAAUAAGAAAGAGAAAAAUGUUACCUGGACUCUGACAACUACAACAGCGACAGUGGCAGGUGUUAAUGCAACUAACGUUAUGCCAAAAGAUGAAUAG